AAGAAAGCCGGAAUGCGCUGACACCGGAGACCUGAGGUUUCUGUUUGCAUUUGACACAGCACGUCCUGUCACUCCACAGGUUCAUCCACACAUGCACCAAUUUACCAGCACACACUCACACACACACACAGUCACUCACUCAUGCACUGUUUGCUUUGGAGGACGAUCCCAGGAGGCCACGCCAGGAGAAGAGAACACCUUCCAAGGAUCUGUUAACCCCCCACCCCUCACCCUCUGAGCUCGCCUUCCCCAAAGUGCCCUCCCUCUGGCCCUCGCAGCCUCCCUGCACCAGUCACAACACGCUGGAGAGUCACCGAGUCACACUCGCUGAGAGCUGAGAAACCCUGGAUUGCCAACGGGACACAGCUGCAGUCACACUGGCUGAGAAAGACUGAAGGAGCUUCACGGAUCCGCCGAACCGCAGGAUGUCCAAAGCCUCCAGGUUGGCCCGGCCCCCCUCGAUAGGGGCUCGAUCCAAGCUGCCCCCCUCCAGGAAGGAAUGCCAUGGCACUGUGGGUCGAGUCCGGGUGCUGAGCGUGGGGGAGAAGCUGAUGAGGGCUGGUAGCGACGGUAUCCUGAGCAGACAGAAGUCUCUAAAGGCAGCGGCGCCACCGGACAAAGCCCAGAGCGAGACCCAGACUGAGACUCAGGCCCCCAGCCAGGGUCCAGAUGAGAAGGGCCAACUUAUGGAGAUGGUAGCUCCCAAGAGCAGGAUCUGCCCACCCAAAGUCGCCAGUCAGCCGCAAGGCUCUGUGCAAAAACAAAGCAAGAGCAACCUGAAGGUAACCUCCUCGGAGGACGCCCAGCACGUAAGCCGCAGACAGGCCUCCCCAAAUGGGACGGCCCCUUCCAAAGGGGACGCCAAAGGCAGCCGCACUGUCCCUCGGAGGCACACAUUAGGGGGAGCCCGCGGCUCUCGAGAGAUCCUGGCGAUGCAGCCGCCGGACAUGGACAAGAAGAGGGAGGCCUUCCUGGAGCAUCUGAAGCAGAAAUACCCCCAUCAUGCCUCAGCGAUCAUGGGCCACCAGGAAAGGCUGCGAGAGCAGAGCAGAAGCCCAAAGCACGGCCCGCAUUCCAGCGCCGGCGACCAGGUCGACCACCUAUCCCUGGCUUCCCUGGAUUCGCUGGACGCCAUGUCUGAGGCCGACUCACCUACAGCCUUCACCCGCGGCAGCCGGAUCCGUGCUAGCCUCCCCGUGGUGCGAUCGACCAACCAGACAAAAGACCGCUCGCUAGGUGUGCUGUACCUGCAGUACGGGGAUGAGACCAAACAGAUCUGCAUGCCCAAUGAGAUCACCAGUAUCGACACUAUCAGAGCUCUGUUUGUGAGCGCCUUCUCACAGCAGCUCAACAUGAAGAUGCUGGAGUCGCCCAGCGUCGCCGUCUACGUCAAAGACGACAUGAGAAACAUGUACUACGAGCUCACUGAUGUCAGGAACAUCAUAGAUCACUCCUGCCUGAAGGUCUACCACAAAGACCCAGCGCAGGCGUUCAGCCACGGACCAAGACCGGCCAAUGGCGAUGCCAGGCAGAUGCACGGCGAAAUGAUACAUGCUGUUCAGGGUGGCCCGCACCCUCUGAGACAGCCGCCCAUGGGACCCCCUUCACACCACCCAAUGCAGGGAGCACUUCCACCAACUCCCAACUCCAUGCCCCCUUCCCCCUCCAGAAUCCCAUUUGGCCCACGGCAGGCCUCUAUACCUGGCAACGGCACUAUCCCAAGGGACCGGCUGUCUAGUGCCAACCCUCCGGCCCGCUCCAUCUCACCCUGUCCCAGCGCCAUCCUGGAGAGACGGGAUGUCAAGCCGGAUGAGGACAGGAGCACUAAAAGCCAUACCCUAUCGAGGGGAAGUGAGGGGUUGUACGCAGACCCAUACUUGCUCCAAGAGGGAAGAAUGAGCAUAGCUAGUUCCCAUGGACCAAACCCCAGCCCUGGGCUUGAUGGUCCAGAUCAUGGCAUGGGGAGCUUUCACCGGGCCUCCAUUCGCUCCACAAGUUCUUACAGCGGGCCCAGCCCCACAGACACUAUGGAUCACCCUUCUCUGUACAGGCAGAAGUCCAGAAACAGCCAGCUGCCUACUUUGGGCUCCAAGACUCCUCCCCCAUCCCCUCACCGGAUGGCUGAGGUACGGAUGAUUGACAUCCAUGGUGGGCCUCCUCAUGGCGGUCCUCUCCAUGGCGGGCCUCCCCAUGGCGGGCCUCCCCAUGGCGGGCCUCCCCAUGGCGGACCUCCCCAUGGCGGGCCUCCCCAUGGCGGAUCUCCCCAUGGCGGGCCUCCCCAUGGCGGACCUCCCCAUGGCGGGCCUCCCCAUGGCGGGCCUCCCCAUGGCGGGCCUCCCCGUGGCGGAUCUCCUCACGGCGGAUCUCCUUAUGGCGGGCCUCCUCAUGGCGGGCCUCCCCAUGGCGGACCUCCCCAUGGCGGGCCUCCCCAUGGCGGGCCUCCCCGCGGCGGGUCUCCUCAUGGCGGGCCCCCUCAUGGCGUACCACCUCAUGGUGUUCCCAUGGAGAGAAGCUCCCCUGUGCGCCAGUCAUUCAGGAAGGAGGAAGUGGCAGGGACCAAGCCCCAAAGCAACAUGGCAUCACCUGUAGUUCCAGACCUCCAGGGCCCCAUCCCGGUCGUCGGUGAGCAUCAUACACGAGUGCGAAUGAAGGCUAUGGAGCAACAGAUUGCCAGCUUGACUGGUCUUGUUCAGCAUGCACUUUUAAAGGAGCCAAACACUAGUGGCACCACGGAGCUACUAAGUGAGAGAACAUCAUCGAAGACAUCCUCUCCAGCCCACAGUGCACAUAGCUCAGGUGGUUCUCCAGUCUUGGCUCCCAAGAGCAGCGCAGCUCCUUUAGACAAGAGUCCAGUUCCUCUCAAAGUCAACCUCCUGCAGUUCAGGAAGAAUGUUUCUGACCUCAGGAUGCAACUCCAUCAGAUGAGACAGCAGCAGGUCCAGAACCAAGAGGCUUUACGAGUCCAGCUGAAGCGUGCUGAGCAGGAAAUCAGUGUUAAACUUGCCGAGGCCAUGCGUGGCCUGGAGGACCCUGUGCAGAGACAGAGAGCUCUGGUAGAGGAGGACAGGCACAAGUACUUGGGUCUGGAGGAGCGUGUCCUCACACAAAUCGGUGAGCUGGAGCAGUAUGUCGGCUCCCUGCAGAAAGACUCAGCAGUGACACACAGAGGAGUGACUCUGAAGGACGUGGAGGAGGGAGCACUGACUCUGAGAAAGGUGGGAGAGUCUCUGGCAGGGCUCAAAGGAGAAUUCCCAUCACUACAAACAAGAAUGCGGUCUGUGCUCAGGGUGGAAGUGGAAGCGGUCAAGUUUUUGAAGGAGGAGCCUCAUAAACUGGACAGCAUGCUGAAAAGGGUCAAGAGCCUGACCGACACACUCAGCAGUAUGAGAAGAUGUGCGACUGAGGGCCCUCAAAAAGGACCUGAGCCCUCUGCUAACGUGCCAGUGGACAACAGCUCUUCGGCAGCAGAAGCUCCCGCACCAUCAGUCCAGCCUGGCUCCACAUCAGCCCCGCCGGAGCCCCAGAGCUCCACCAUCAAAUCAGAGGUGAUGCCUUCCUCUCCGGUGGUCAUCCAUCAUGUCCAGAGCUCCCCGGUCCACAUACAGCAGUCCCAGAAGUCUGCAGCCUUGACAGCUCAGCCCAGUCCACCGCUCUCCCCCAGCCCCUCUCACAUCCCCAGUCCCACACUCGGCAAGAGUCAAGGCCCGGACUCUCCCAAAGGAGCAGCCUCCGAUCCGCCAAGUCCUGCCCAUCAUAAGAAGACACAAGGGAACCCAGUGAAUAAUGGCAACGGCACCGUUCCCCAGGUUGUCGUCAAAGAGGAGCUCCAGAACAGUCAGGACAAGAACCAAAGCAGAGCUAUGUCCAUAAAGGCAGCAGAAAGGGAGUGGGAAGAGAGGAGGCAGAACAUGGGUCAUUAUGAUGGAAAAGAGUUUGAGAAGAUCCUCCAGGAAGCCCAGGCCAACAUGAUGAAGGGCAUUCCCAGUCUAGAGGUGGAAGAAAACCCAUCACUGACACCUGAUGCCACUGCAGAACAAGCAGCCAUCCACAACCCUGUGGAGUCACCGACAGAGCCUCAGUCCGAGCCUCAGUCGGACAAACCAGCGAAGAAGGGUCCUGAGAAACUCCCAAAGCCUGUGAUGGAGAAACCGUCAAAACCUGCACUGGAGAGACCCCCCAAGACCGCCACUAAGCCAGCCCCGCCUGACAGCUCUACUAAGCAGGGGUCUGAAAAGUCCAGCAAGUCGCCGCCACCACCUCCUCCAAGGAAGACUUACUCCAGCUCCAGCUCAGGCAUGACCACCACGCGCUCCGGCGAAGUGGUCUUCACCGGCAGGAAAGAGUCCGUCUCGCCUCAGGAGGGUGAAGAGGACACUCCACCGCCCAGUCCCCAACCCAAGCCCAUCAAGGUUCCGCCAGAGACCAAGCCAAAGCCAGCCACCCCUCCACCCGUCACUCUUGUUGAUACCAGAGAAGAGGAGGAUGAAGGGGAGAAGAUCAUGGCAGAGCUCCAGGUUUUCCAGAGGUGCACGGUUAAGGAUGUAGGGGUGAAAAAUGUGCGAGAACCAACCUCUCGAAUUGAACCGCAAAUCAGAGAACUAAGACCGGAGGCCUUAUUGCCCCUCAAAGAGAAAAAGCAGAGCUCUGAGCCCACUCGAGAUGAUAAAGAUCCAGACACAGAUGAAAAUGGGAAUACUACUGUGCGACAGAGCCAAGGGGUCAUAUACUAUGUGACUGGUCAGAUUCCCAAAGAGCAUCCACCCCCAUCAGGAACAACAGAGGAAACCCCUGAACACACAGAGCCCUCACAGUCUCCAACACAGGUGUCAAAUGUCAAUGUUAACGACAAUUCUCCAAGCCAGCAACAGCAGCAGCAGCCACAGUCUCCACCACCUACAUCACCCACACCUCGAACACCUCCACCUAUAUCCCCAAAGCCUGUGGGACUGAAAGGAUUCAAACUUCCUAGGACGCAAGUUAAACGCUCCGAAUCCUUGAAGACCAGUACAGAAAUGGAGAAGGGAAAAAUCCUCAACAAAAUUAACACUGAAAAGAAAAGUAUAGUCAUCCAGGAAAAAGUUUCUUCUAGUAAAAAUAUAAUAACUAAGCUUGCGGCAACCACAACCACAACCACCAGUACCGUAAGAGAGGCGCCUAAGUUUUCUGUCGCUCUACCAAAAAAGGCUCAGAAUGUGGACAGCCAUCCACCAAAAUUUCAAUCUAAUCAUGAGGAGUGUAACGAGGAGGCUAGUCUUAGUCCAGACUUGCCUGGAGAAGAAGCCCCUCCACCCCCUGACAACAUCGCAUUUAUGAUCACAAGCACCAAAGUUCAGGCCCUGUCCUGUGGCGAGUACCAGGACCUGGUCAAUGCCAAGAAAGGAAGCGUCCAGACUGUUACUAUAGGUAAUGCCACCUCCCGAGGGAGAGGCACGGCAGAUCCCUUUGCGCCAGAGGACAUCGGCUUCAACAAGAAGCCUGUCAUCAUCAUUUUUGACGAGCCCAUGGACAUCCGUUCGGCGUACAAGCGCCUGUCCGUCAUCUUUGAAGGUGAGGAGGAACUGGACAGGAUGCUUGCAGCGGAGUGCAUCGAGGAGGAGGAUGAGGAGUCGGACACUGAGGGGAGUGGCGGGCUGCAGGGUAAAGCGCGAGGGACCGAGGCGGUUGAUGGCAAAAACGUCCUCGCUGCCGACCACAUUAGCUUAUCGUCCUCGUCUUCAUCGUCAAUCUCUGAGCUCACAGACAGCGGAGGGAAUUUAGACUCAAAUAGUGAUGCGAAGCAGGAUGGUAAAAAGAAGUUCAAAUUUAAGUUCCCGAAGAAACAGCUGGCGGCACUGAGCCAGGCGAUUCGCUUGGGCACCAAGUCAGGAAAGAAGACUAUUCAGGUGGUUGUGUAUGAAGAUGAGGAGGAAUCCGACGGGACUAUCAAGAUGCACAAGGAAGCAAAGAGAUUUGAGAUAACACGCUCAAAAUCCUUAUCCGACGCUUCCAAGGCAACAGACUCAAUCGGGCUGAAGAGGCAGAACGCCGAGUCUCUCCACAGGACGGACGAGAUCCGGAAGAACACGUACAAGACACUGGACAGCCUGGAGCAGACCAUCAAGCAGCUGGAGACCACCAUCAGUGAGAUGGGACCACACUCCCCCGGGGAGCCAGUCUGCACGGAGGAGGCUGAAGAAGAGGAUGGGAAAGGCUCAGAAGUAGUGGGGCUGAAGAGGUCUUCCUCUCUCCCGACCUCCAGAGGGCCAGGUCCUAAGGUACCCAGCAAAAAUCCGAUGCUGAAGAAGACUAAACCUCAACUCCUUCCUCGCCCUGUAAUCAUCCCUACCACCACCACCACCACCACUGUCCCCAGUGUCCCCACCACCGUACAACAGAACACCAGUGUCGCUUCCCCUACUAGUCGGAUGCCCGUCCCUUUGUCUGCGAAGUCCAGGCAGUCGCCGGGUACUACUGACAAAGCAGGAAAACAGCAAAAACUGCAGGACGCUCAGAGGCAGUUCCGACAGGCUAACGGAAGUGCUAAAAGAGUGGGAGGGGAUCAUAAAACUACUUCCCUUACUAUACCCACCUCUAAAAUCCCUGCUUUUUAUCCUAGCUCUCCUAAAGGCAGCGCCCAGUCUGCGCAAAACCCAGAUGCAACUAAUCCCAUUAACCCUUCCUCUUCCUCCUCCUCCACCUCUGUAAUAAAAUCCAACAUCCUGUCCUGCCCCGCUCCUCGUUCCGGUUGCCAACCCUCCUCCCACAUCCCCUCCCUGUCUAACGGAUCCCUCAAACUCCCCACAACCUCACAGCACACAGGUAAAGCUCUCUCGUUUCCCUCGCAGACUCAGAAUGGUCGAGUGCACUCCUCCUCUUCCUUCUCCUCCUCCUCAUCCUCCUCCUCCUCCUCCUCCCCCUCCCCUCUGUCGCCCACUCCUUUGGGCCCAGGUGGAAAGAGCAUCCGCACCAUACACACCCCCAGCUUCACCAGCUACAGAUCCCACAACGGCAGCAGCGGCAAAUCCUGCAUCCCGACAGCCACCGCAGCCAAGGACGCCACUUAGCCCCGUUACGGCCCCUCUGGCUUUACCGCAUAGCAGGUAGUAGAGCUGGUCAUGUUUCAUUUUGUAUGGUUUUCUUUUUCUUUUUCUGUUUCUGUAAAAGUAUUAAGUGAUGCACUUCAUGUUUUAUUUGACACUGGCAUUCUCACACCAAUGCUUCUAUUUGCUUUAAAAUGCAAUUUCCAUUAUUGAAAAAAAAUGUAUCCGGAUUAUUUCUUGGAGGUGUACCACAUGUUCUGUCAAAAUAUUUUAUAAUGGAACUAAAAAAUAUUUAGUUUGACCACUUUGUAGAUGAAGGUGGAAGGCUCUCGUGGUGUUGAAAAUCUAUUUUUCUUGCUGUAGCUAUGAAUAGAGAACAUAGAGUUGAUGUACAAUCACGAAGUAUACAUGUAAAACAUGUGUUUUAUUUUUCAAACCAGAGAUUGAAUAAUAACCAUAGUAUAUUUAAUCUUCUAUAUUUCCUAUGUUGUCAGACAUUCAACACAGCCCUUGUAAAUGCCUUUUAUGAGUGUAUACAUAAUGUAUACAGACAUGUUAAAGUUAAACUCAUUAUUAACUUCUGUUUUCUAAGAGUAUUUUCUCAUUUUUCAUCCAUAUGAACUGCCAAUUUACUUUACAGAUAUGUAAAACUGGUAUCAUAAGUAAUACAAGUUUUAAUUUUAGUGUGCCUAUUUGCCAAAGUUGUUGUACAAUGACUCACUUCAGGCCUGACCCAGUCACUAGAUUUAGGGGAACGUACAAACACUCUCUUGGUGUGGUGGCUGAAGUGUUGACCUCGGUGUUAGUACUGGUGGUCUCGGUUUGUUAAGUUCACAUGUAUUGUUGUCUAAAUGUAAACUGUACUAAAACAAAGUGAAUCAGUUCUACCACAUGUACAUAGAUGCUUCUACUAAGAAAAUACGUAGUUUUGUUAACAUACCAAAGUUUAUUUGUAUGCAUGCCUUUCAAAUACUUUAGGAGAGUGGUGUAAAAAAAGAAUUAUGUUUGCACAAAUAGAUUUUUGUAAAUAUCUGGUUUUCUCUCAUUUUUGUAAAGCUUUAAAUCAUACUAUUAAGGAGCAAUGUGGUCAAGACAAAAACUGUGUUGGAGUAGCAAAAAUAAAGACUUGCAUGCUUGUAAUGCA